AUGGUCAAGAUUGAGGUUGGCAAACCUUCAGGUGCGCACGGUAAGACCGGCGCGUGUCUGAGGAUAUUCUUACGCCUCAUUCAAUUCGCCCUCGCCAUCACCAUCGCCGGAUUGUAUGGCGUCGACCUUAAUAAUGCACGUCUGAACGGCGAAUAUAUGGAUGCUCGCUGGGUGUUUGCUGUGGUCGUUGCUGGAUUGUCUGCCCUGACGUGCAUCGCCUAUGGUGUGCUCACUUGCGUCCUCAGCCAUUUCCUCUUCGCCUGGGACUGGAUCUUAUUCAUUCUUUGGAUCACCGCCUUUGGUAUCUUUGGCAAAAUGUUUAUCGCUUACCAGCCACAGCCCGAUCAAUAUGGCCAAAUUCGGAUGAAGCACGCCGUGUGGGUUGACCUUGCGAACGUCGCCUUGUGGUUCAUGACGGCAUCCUACUCAACCUUGAUCUUCUUCCGUCGACCAGGCGGCUCGUCCACGGGUAGAAAGCUUCACACGUCGAAAGGGUGA